UGAUCUGGAUUACAUGAAUUGUAUAAAACAAAUAUAAGAACUUCUCUGCUUAUGAUUCAUUCAAUACAUUGCAACAAUUGCAGAUUAACGUACCAAUUUAAGCAGAAAGAAUAUUUUUAUCAAGGUAAAAAUCAUAAUUACUUCAAUACUUAUACCAUUUAUUUUUUUCCAUUUUGAUUCAAACAAAAUGCCUGCCGGAAGACAACGAACCUCUGCUAACGCGCCUGAUAAAGCCACAGUAUCGACAAAUGAAAGAAUUUUAAAAGAGUGCCACGAUUUAUACAUAGACAAGGAAAAAGGUCUUGUUGCAAUCGCUAAAGAAUUGGACUUAUCACUUCUUUCUCCACGAAAGAAAAUAACUGUAUUGCUUAUUGGUAACCAUUCAGCUGGCAAAAGCUCCUUUGUUAAUUGGUAUGUUGAAGAACAUGUACAAAAGACAGGAGUGGCCAUUGAAACACAAGGUUUCACCUUUGUCACAAGUGGAAGAAAAAGAGAGUCACUUACUGGACAAGCUACAUUGCAUCUCUAUCCUCAUUUCAAAGAACUUGAAACAUUUCCUGGUGUUGUUGAGUACCUAUCUACAGAGAUCUCCACAUCAAAACAAAAGAAGUUCAGCCUAGUCACUUUUGUUGACACACCUGGAUUGGUUGAUGGUGACAUGAAGUAUCCAUUUGAUGUCGAACAAGCAAUAUUCUGGCUUGGAAAUACAGCUGAUCUCAUUUUUGUCUUCUUUGAUCCAAUUGGCCAAGCCUUGUGUAAAAGAACAUUAAAUAUAGUUGAAAAGUUAAACGAGAAACAAGCAGAUAGAAUCAGAUUCUAUCUUAGCAAAGCAGAUACAGCAGGACAUGAGAGUGAUAGACAGCGAGUUUUGAUGCAGAUCACACAAGAACUUUGCAAGAGACCUGGUUUGAAUAAAGCUGGAUUUGACAUGCAAACAAUAUUUGUUCCAAGUUUGAUUGAUAAGCCCGCAAGAUGUGCAAAUCAAAUCGAAGAGGUCUGUAAACAGAUCGAAAAAACUAUCAAUCAGGCGAUACAAAGUACGCUUAACACGUUGGAGAAGGAUUGUCAGAACAUAUCCUCACUCAUUGAUGGGAAAUUGAAAGAGGACAGAGAGAAUCGUUCGUAUAACAUCAAAGCGCGGAUGAAAAGUUACUUCUUUAUGUCACUUGGUCUUAUAAUGCCAUUUGCUAUGUUUAUCAGCUUCAUAACUCAUCAAAGUCAGACGUUGAAGUUAUUUGGUAAAGACAUAGUUGAUACACUUCAUAUAUACACGGGUCCUGUUGAGAAAGUUUGGUCUUCAGUUCCAUCUCAGUAUUCCAAUCAUUUUCUUGUUGUUAUGAUUUUCUUGUCGUUGAUUCUAACGAUUAUGGCAAAAUUUAGCGGAAGGCUAAAACAGACGUUAUCUCGAAAGCAACAGCGUUUAUUGUCUGAAAAGAAAUUAUUCGUUCAAACAGUUGUUCAUCCAAAAAGAGAAAGACUAUACAAGGAAUAUUUACAACAAAGUGUGGCUGAACAUGACUUAUAGGCUAUAGUAUGUUUGUAUGUGUGAGAUACCUAUAAUUCCAAGUCACUUGUUUUGUUGUUCAACCUAUAACGAUACGUGGAAUAAAGUUUAAAUUUUGCGCCAAA